AUGGCCAAGAACAGAGAGCUGUGUAAGGACAUCAGGGAUAAAAUUGUAGUCCUGCACAAAGCUGGGAUGGGCUACAGGACAAUAGGCAAGCAGCUUGGUGAGAAGCUCCAACCCCAUCCCAUCCCCAGCUGCAACCCCAUCCCCCCCAUCCCCAGCUGCAGCUCCAGCUCCAACCCCAUUCCCAUCCCCAGCAGCAGCCCCAUCCCCAGCUGCAACCCUAUACCCAGCUCCAAACCCCAUACCCAGCUCCCCCCAUCCCCAUCCCCAGCUGCCCCCAACCCCAUCCCCAUCCCCAGCUGCAACCCCAUCCCCAUCCCCAGCUCCAGCUCCCCCAACCCCAUCCCCAUCCCCAGCUGCAACCCCAUACCUCCAACCCCAUCCCCAUCCCCCCAUGCAACCCAGCACUGCAACCCCAUCCCCAUCCCCAGCUGCAACCCCAUCCCCAUCCCCAGCUCCAGCUCCAACCCCAUUCCCAUCCCCAGCAGCAGCCCCAUCCCCAGCUGCAACCCCAUACCCAGCUCCAACCCCAACCCCAUACCCAGCUCCAACCCCAUCCCCAUCCCCAGCUGCAACCCCAUCCCCAUCCCCAGCUCCAGCUCCAACCCCAUCCCCAUCCCCAGCUGCAACCCCAUCCCCAUCCCCAGACCCAGCUCCAACCCCAUUCCCAUCCCCAGCAGCAGCCCCAUCCCCAGCUGCAACCCCAUACCCAGCUCCAACCCCAUCCCCAUCCCCAGCUCCAGCUCCAACCCCAUUCCCAUCCCCAGCUCCAACCCCAUCCCCAUCCCCAUUACCAGAGCAUUUCUGUUCCACCAGAUAACACUGCUCCUGCUCACGCCAGCCACCAAAUGA